AUGCAAAGUGCAUUUAGAAACCUCUUGCGCGGCACGAGCCAGGUCUCACCGGCCGUCAAUGCGGAAGCUGUGAAUGGCAAGGUGUCCUGCUCUCUGGCCCAUGAUCUGCGAGACAUGCCCUUUUUCGUGUGGUAUGAUUACUUUUGCUGCCCCCAGGCCGAGGUCAACAGCGUCGAGAGGCAGCGCGCAAUCGACAGCAUUCACCACUAUGUCGCCAUGUGCGAGCACUUCAUCGUUCUGUGCCCUGCAUUGCGGCAUGAGUCUGGUGAUAUGCUGAAUCAGCGAACAUGGUCUUUGCGCGGAUGGUGUAGGGCAGAACGAGUAGCACGAGAGCUUGCCACUGUGUGCGGCCCGAUAAUUGCGGUGGAGAGUGAGACGUCUCUUGUACUACUGACAGAACUCGAAUCUUGGAAGCAGGCGGUUGGCGACGGCCAUUUCACUGUAGAUGAAGACAGAAAGAAGAUGGCGGGUAUCGUGUUGCACCUGAUUUACAGCAAGCUCCUCUUCUACCUGCAAAGGCAAGACCUGCCCAACUACAGGUUCAUGCUGAACCAGCAGCAGCUGCUCCUGAAAAACCUGGAGAUUCACUCCCUCGACCUGUCCAUCCCAGGCUUUAGCCCAGGGAUCGACCCCUUUCUGGAGCCACAGGCCUUCCUUCUGGCCAGGUUCAUGCACGAAAAUGGCUUCAGGGAAAUCAGUGAAAGGGACAGCUCGGGCUUGUCGCCCAUGUGCUACGCCGUGAUGAGGGGGUGCCCGGCCAUAGUUUCUGCGCUGCUGCAGGGCAGGGCAGAUGUGAACGAGCGCACCAAGAAAGCUCUGGAUCAGUUUCUUUUCCCCAAAAACAUGACGGUCUUGUGCCUGAGCGCCGUCUUUGGCAACAAUGACGUCCUGAAGUUGUUGCUUUCUGAAAGGGCUCAUGUGAAUGCCAGAGAUAGCCGUUUUCAUACAGCUCUGCAUUGGGCAACUGCGUGUGACAACGCUGAAGCCGUUCGCUUGUUGCUCCAUGCUGGCACAGACCAUACCCUACCCAUGCUCUUCGGCUUAACCCCACUUCACUCAGCCUGUGCUCUUGGAGCCGUCAGUGCUGUGAAAGAGCUGUUGCUGCUUCGGCCUAGCCAAAGCCUCCAACACUGUUUGCACUACGGCUUGAUGGUGAACGCAGGGGAGUAUAGGUUAGUGUCGGCUUUGCUGAAAGCUGACGCAGACGUCAACGAGCAGUUGGACUUGUGGAAGGCAAGGGUCUUCGCACUGUGGAUGCUUUUCAAAGCGGCUGGUUGGCGGUACCGCGGCGCACACGCCUCCACCAGACUCUAUACUCGGCUCAGGAAUAAUGUUCUAUUCUCGCUUACAUAG